AUGGGAAACGACGAUUCAAGGACUGGACUUGUGUCUGUGUGGACUCAAGGUGGACUGUGGACUGUGGACUGUGGAGGAGGAGAAGCCCAAAGGGUCCAGUACUGCGAUGCUCCAUGGAAACCUGCAGCUUCCACCUGCUACCUGUCGGGCCACCUGCAAGGGGUCUCCAGGGACUACUGCGAUGGAAUGCAUGCUACAUCGUACUAG